CGAAAUAAUGCAUCAGAAGACUGGACCAGAACAGUUAGAAAUGAGAAAAGUGGGAUUAGAAGGAAACAUCAUAGACUUUGGACACUUCCAGAAGUGAUGAAGCUCAUUGAAGGUGUCUCCCAUUAUGGAGUUGGCAGAUGGACUGAUAUCAAGAGGCUCUUAUUCGCAACAUCUGCUUUCCGCACAUCUGUGGAUCUCAAGGAUAAAUGGAGAAACCUUUUGAGAGCUAGUGCUGCUCAGUUACAUGACAGAAAGCAGGUUGGGCCACACAAGAAACAUGUGACACUCCCCAUACCACAAUAUGUUAUGCGACGCAUUAGGGAGUUAUCUGCCAUUCAUCCGUACCCAAGGGAGCGAAAGCCAAGAGCACAGCUGAUUUCAAGCAAUCCAGUCUUCAGCUGCAGCAAUGACAAUUCCAGUAGCGGCGGCGACGAUGAACUCACAGAAGAAACAUAGUCUCACAUAGCAGAGACACAAGUGGCUGUCUCUUUUUUGUUUCUUGCUUACCGAAAAUUUACCUUCACUUUCAACAUAAUACAUAUUGCCAACUUUGUACAAGUAAUGUUCUUCAAUCGAUCGGAGUGCAAUGGGAAUAGAAAUGCUCCUCAAAAUUGGUGGAGGAGACCGAGGGUUUCGGUUUUCUUUUA